UCAUGCUGCUGCCAGGUCCAGAGUGUGUCAUGGGUCCCUGUACGGCCUCCCAUUGCUGCUGUCUCCAUCGCCACACUCUGCCAUGUGCCACUUUCAGGUCUCCUCACACUGCUGGUGGGUUCCAUUUUGUCAUAGGGUGCUGGCAGAUUACGGGCCUCCCAUUGCUGCUGCCAGGCCCGUAAUCUGCCAUGGGCCCCCGUACCAACUCCUCAUGCUGCUGCCAGGUCCAGAGUGUGUCAUGGGUCCCUGUACGGCCUCCCAUUGCUGCUGUCUCCAUCGCCACACUCUGCCAUGUGCC